CACUCUUCUUGAGGUUGUGAGGCUGCUCCGUUUCAGCUCGCGAGCUGCGGGAACCGUAAUGGCGGUAGCCCAUCGGCAACACGAAUGGAAUGAUCCCUUUUCAGUUAUCUUCACCAUUGUCGUCGUCGUUGUCAUUGUGUACAUGGUGACUUCCUACCCCUGGCGGCCCCCUGCUCCGGAAGCUUCUUCCAUCAUCUCAACGGCAUUCUCAAUGCUUUCCUCUUCAACGGCUUUCCAAUGUUCUGUCUCCAGCUCUUUUGCCAACAGGCCUCCUUCGCAUGUCGGCCACAGCAAAGCCAGAAGAAGGGGAGAUUCGAUACGACUUCUUGUGGUAUUAGGUCGUCGUCGCGGAAGACCCCCAAACUUACCCAAGAUUAAAUGCUACGCAAUAAGAAGACAAGCAAGGAGAACAAGGAGAAGAUUGACAGGUGCCAUGGCAACCAAACAAUGCAUGGCUAUCCGAGACGUGAUUGCCAGAUUCGUCGUUUCGAAGAACAGGACCGGGAGUGCGUGCUGUUCAAAACAACGGGGAGCCGUUGCCGGGCGGGUCCACGUCCUCCGCGGAGAAGGGGAGUAGGUACUUAAGUACCUAGGGUACAGGCAGUCGGCAUGACGUCGCAACUUUCGCGAAUCUCCCUUGUCCCAAGCGCGGACAGGAGGAAGGAGGGUUCAUGUCCUGAUCACCGUUCGUG